AGCUGUACAGCUCGUACCUAGAAGUAAAGGGGCUUGUUAGAGUCUCUAGAAUGUGGGCUCGUUACGGUGCUUUUAUCAGUCUAUUUGAUCGAAGUAUUGUGAAUCUUGCCGGAGUCUCACAGCUAUUGUUGAUAGAAAACUCAGCUUACGAGUCAGGCGGAGUUAUUUAUUCAGAUCCCAGUAAUGGCCAAUCAUACGUUGAAUGGAUCAACUACCACAUUGGAAUUUCACGAAUGAAGCCCUGCUUCUUGCUGUCAGGAGCUAAAAGACCCAAAUCAAUAGAGAAAGAGCACCGAAUACAAUUUGCAAGCCCUUCAGACCAUCCAACGCCAAGCACAAAAAUUUUCUUUCAAUCAAAUAGAGCAUUUACAAACGGCAUGGACAUUUCUGCUCCAUCUUUUUAUCACUGCCCAGAAUUCUCGAGCUCGUGCAAAAUUCUAAAUGAGAUCACUCAGACCACACUCGAACCGCUGACAUCAAACUCUCUACUGCAACGUUUACUCGAUGUGGUCGAGGCAAAGCCUAUCACUCAAGAGCUGUCCGACUGUUUCACUGUUAGUAAUCUGUUGUUCACUCAUGCUGUCAAAUCACGAGUGUCGACCAGAACAAACUGGAUCUUUUUCUCGUUUGCGUCAUGCUCUUGUCUAAAGCCAAUUCCUGAUACAGACUUGUAUUGGCAGUUUAGAAAGACUUGCAACGCCACAGAAAUUGUUUCUGCUGUCAAUGAAACGAUGACUGCGAGACUGAUGAAUACUAGUGAUGUGCUUUCUGGUAGCAACGACGUACAGCUGAGCUUACAAUUUCCGUUUCCACCUGUGCCAAUGCUCUACGUUCCUUGGUCACACUCAUGGAUUGCAAAAUUCAUCACUCAGACGUCAUCACAGCAAAAGAUCGAAAGAUACAUCAUUUCUCCCUCCGACCUGACGUUGACGCCGGCGCCCGGACAAGCAUUUUCUCUAAACAUUGCAGGAUAUGAUCAAUUUCUGAGACAAGUCAACGGAAGCGUAGCCUUCCUAUCGCUACUACCUGAUCUAGAUGUAAAUAGCCAAUUUAGUCCUCCACUAGCUCUUCUUCGUCAAGGCCACAAGCAAUACCGCCGUUCCGACUAUAUUCCCUUUGUCCUCAACGAACCCAUCUCUGAUUUAGCCAUCAUCGGUCUCGUCAAUACAACAGGAUAUAUUUGGAUAUCGGCGGACACGGUAUUUCCAGACGCCCAAAUGGUGCUCAAAAUACGCUUUCAACUUGCUCCUUGUCACCUGGGAUACACGCAAGAGAAAAGCACCGCAACGAGAAUAGAAGAAUAUAUAUCAACCUAUACAACAACAACUGUUUCUGAGUAUCACAACUUUUUGACAUGCCAAUGCAUCAAUUCGUCAGCUAUUAACUAUUGCGAUCCUUUAUCUAAACAACCAUUACUCGUAGCAAGCAGAACGUGGGCGGGAGAUAUUAACGACAACAACACAUGGAUCGAUCAACACGAGCGCGUCGUGAAUGGCACAUUGGAGGAAUUACUGGGACCGGCAAAUAGACGAAAGUUUGGUUGGGGUCAAUGCGUCCUUAAUUAUUGUAACCAUCAAGUUAUUUCUGGCAACUGGACACUCAACGACAUCAACCCUUGUAGAGGCAACAGAACAGGAGUGAUCUGCUCGGUUUGUGAGAAUGGCCUAACAGUCACACCAUACAACUCGAUUUGUCAAGACUGCAGAGGCAAAGAAAGCGACGUCGGCUUGUUUAUGAAUAUUUUUGUUGCUCUUGCAGUCGGCCUCCUACUUAUUUUCGUUGCCAUGGUAACAGACAUCAGCACUUCAACAACAUUUAACACACUCUUGUUCUACUAUCAAGUGACUCCCUACCUUCUGGCGGUGGGCACGGAUGCUGCCACGUUUUGUAGUCGUAUGCAAGUACUCUACUUUUCUUUCUGCAUUACAGACGACUUUCACACGAUGUAUCAGUUGGCUACACAAUUUGUUUUCUCCAUUUCCCUUCUUGUCCUCGUAGGCAUCAUCAUCUGGUGCAGCAGUCAUAAGCCAUUUCAGGGUCGACUUACUCGUCCACUCAAAGCUCUCGUUGUGGCACUCAGCGUCACCUACGUAAUAUUUGUGACGUCGGGAAUGGAUCUGUUGCGGUCUAAUCGACUAUACAACACUGACAACGGUAUAGAAGGCGAUCUCGUUUUGUUUAUUAAUGCGAGCACGCCCUACACUUCAUUGCCUCACAUCGCUCUCGUUCCUCUGGGAGCUCUCAUCUUAUUGGCUGCCGCAAUUCUUCCUAUUCUUGCUGUCUUUUAUAGAAACCACGGUGGCGUGAUUAAACCGUUGUCUGACAUUUAUACGAGCUAUUACGAUGAUAAUUAUCGCUGGUGGGUCGGAGUCGAUUUGGGCCGCCGUUACGUCAUAGCAUUCUUGGCUGUAUGUAUUGGCAUGGCUCCUGUCGAAGAUAUCAUAUUUCUUCGUCAGAAUAUCCUCAUGGUGGCAGUAACGCUGUUGACGGUAACACACGCCAUAAUUCGACCAUUCAGAGAUGACUUUUCUAACAGUUUCGAAAGCCUCCUACUGAUGAACAUGUGUCUUCUAACAGGCUUAUCCAUCCUGCCACCUUCAAAUGUCUUUACCACCUUGCUCUAUGUUCUCAUCGUUUGGCCCUAUGUAGUAGGUGGCGCAAUUCUCAUCUACAGCAACAGGAAAUUAUUUGUGGAUUUGGCUACUGCCCUUCGAGGAAAGUGUACAUCAAAGGAAUCGACAGAAGCCAUCGCUCCUCUAAUCAAAGACAGCAGUUCUGACGAAAGUGACGUGGAUGAUUAAAUGGCAUAAAUACAACUGCAGAAAAUUGAAUAUUAGGGACAGCAUGCAUAUAUACCGAUCUACUUCGCCUGACUCUGCACACUAAUGUAUGGCUUUUGUAAUUGGAAUGACCAAGUGUAUGACGUUCCCGUCAUUUGUUCCUCACACUCAAUGUAUGUAAUCAUAUUAG